GUGGUAUUUUGGAAAAAUCAAAAGGGUUGAAGCUGAGAAGAAACUGCUGUCUCUGGAGAAUGAGCAUGGCGCAUUUUUGAUCAGAGACAGUGAAAGUCGCCGAAAUGAUUACUCAUUAUCAGUAAGAGAUGGAGACACAGUGAAACACUACAGGAUACGUCAGUUGGACGAAGGUGGCUUCUUUAUAGCCAGGAGGAUCACAUUUAGAACUCUUGCUGAUCUGGCUGAACACUACAGUGCUGAUUCUGAUGGCCUCUGUGUCAACCUGAGAAAACCUUGCUCACAGACAGUCGGCCUGUCUUACAACACAAAGGAUCAGUGGGAAAUCCCCAAGAGCUCACUCAAGCUGAUUCGCAAGAUUGGUCACGGCCAGUUUGGAGAAGUCUGGGAGGGCUUGUGGAAUAACACCACUCCUGUGGCCAUUAAGACAUUGAAACCUG